ACCGGAUCAGAGCAUCUCCAAAACUGCUGCUCUUGUGGGGUGUUCCCGUUCUGCAGUGGUCAGUAUCUAUCAAAAGUAUCCUUUAAGUCCUGUAAGUAUCCUUUAAAUUGAUGCUAAUAUCUUGGUGCCAGAUACCACAGCCCACCUUCAGGGAUCUAGUGGAGUGCAUGCCUUGACAGGUCAGGGCUGUUUUGGCAGCAAAACACGUACCAACACAUUAUUAGGCAGGUCAUAAUGUUAUGCGUGAUCGGUGUACAUGUCUAGCAAACUCAACUCGGUGGUUUUCCCCAGAAUUUGGCAAUGGGAACUAGCAGACCAUGAGCUCCGUGAGAAAAAGGACGCCAGCCAACCAAAGCUCUUAGAAUGGGAUCAUGGUUUUGUGACAUUCCUAGUUCCAUUUUCAUCUUGUGGUUAUUUCCACUUCAGUAACGACCUUGCAUCUAAAUCUGAGAAGAUAAAGAUUUGCUACUUACGAAACCAUAACGAAAGUCUAUAAUGAAGGUGAUUUAAAACCUAAUUAUAUUGAUUAUGAUUAUAUUUCAUUAAGUAAAAUGGAGAAUAGGAGAACGGACAUCUUGGACGGCAAGAUAUUUGAAGCACUGCAAAACUCUAGUUUGUGAUGCUUACAUUCUGGAAAAAAAGAAAUGCAUAUGGUUAAUUACAAUUAAGAGAAAAUAAUAUGUAUAGUGUACAUAAAAUAUUUAGUUUCUUAUCCAAAGGAGUCUCAUUGCGUAUGUGAAAUUUAAUUUAGACCCAUCUAAUCUACUAGGUUAAAUUAUGCAGAGUGAAUGUGAUCAGUUCACGCAAGAUUAUCACAUCACAGGGAUGUUGGCACUGAUGGGGAGAAAUGCAGACUGCAGUGUUAAACGAACUUGAGCUCCGUGGGUAACAUUACAUUGGUGACAUUGAUGAUGCCUUUGAAAAGAAGAACUGAGGGCAUGGAGCCUUUUAUUUAUUUUUUUAAAUAGUGAAGUGUUUCUAGCGGUGUUGGAAAUGGUUUCGAAAGACCAAACCACUCAAUCCUCACCACUCAGCUUUUACGGUGACUUUACUGAUCCAGGCUUUUCUGUGAAAUCUUGAGGCUGAAACUGAGACUGUUGCAGUCUUCACAGCAGGAUUUCAAACAGAAUGUACACCGAUCAGGCAUAACAUUAUGUCCACCUGCCUAAUGUUGUGUUGGUCCCCCUUUUGCUGCCAAAACAGCUCUGACCCGUCGAGGCAUGGAUUCCACUAGAUUCCUCAAGGUGUGCUGUGGUGUCUGGCACCAAGAUGUUAACAGCAGAUCCUUUAAGCUCCUCCAUGAGCCCCAUCUCACAACUUGCAGGACUUAAAGGAUACUUUUGAUAGAUACUGACCACUGCAGACCGGGAACACCCCACAAGAGCUGCGGUUUUGGAGAUGCUCUGUUUCAGUCGUCUAGCCAUCAGAAUUUGGCUCUGGUCAAACUCGCUCAAAUCCUUACGCUUGCUCAUUUUUCCUGCUGCCUAAUAUCCCACCCACUAACAGUUGUCAUGAUGAGAAGAUAAUCAGUGUUAUUCACCUGUCACCUGUCAGUGCUCAUAAUGUUAUGCCUAAUCGGUGUAUGUUCAGCAUUGAGUUUCUUUGUGACACUCCAGAGUGGUGGAUAAUCAUUCAUGAAAGUAGAUACUCAGGAUUUUAUGAAUUUUUGGGUUUUUUUUUAUAACGUAUUCAUGGACAAAUGGAGAUGUUGCCUGUAUGUGUUCUCUUUCCACAGGAUUUACUGUAGCUUAUUCGGUGUUGGUCAUCUCGCUUGCCUUCACAGAAUAAAGGGCCUUUAUCUAUGUUUCCUAUCUGCUAGUAGUUACUCUAGCUGUGUGCCAGCACCCUUAUCACUGCAAACAAGCAGGAGAUAAUGUACAGCAGCAUCAGGUAGCUGGUGGCUAGCUGUCUACUUCUCAAACUUGUUUAAAACAUGCCGGGGAUCCGCUUCUUCUGCUGGGCUUCCUGUGUACUAAUAAGUGAAGCUGGUGGUUAAAUCAAGUUCCUGUGCAUUCAGGCAGCUCUAUAAACCCUUUGGCUGUAUGGCUCACCUCUGCAAACCUAGCACAGUUGAUGUUUUCUUCCAGAGCCUGUUUGGAGAGACCACCUUCUGCUCAUGGGAAAACCUCGUCUGAACUCGCAGCUCGUGGCGCAACAAGUAGCGCAGCAGUACGCCACCCCUCCACCAGCUAAGAAAGACAGGAGGGAGCGCACAGAGCGAGACGACCACUACGACAUAGACAAUUCCGACUCGGACAGGCCAAGCGUAGACAACUCGGACUCGGACAGACUGGGCCCAGACAGCAGUCACUUGGACAGAGGACACGCGCAUAAGGACAGGAGACAGGAGCGGGUCGGAUUGGACAAACAUCCGCUAGUACAAACCCCAGUGGAACGGAGGCCUGAGAGACCAAGUCUAAACCAGGAACUGCACAGAGAACUUAUAGAUAAAGUCCAUUCACAUAGGCCACACAUGGAAAAAGAACAUCAUACGGGAGCAUCCGGGACACAAGUGGCCGAGAAGGAGGACAUGAAGAAAGGCAAAGUGGAGAAGGCAAUGGUGGACAAGCACAAAGAGAGGGAAAAGGUGCCUGGUGCCAACAAAAAGCCUACUGCGAAGAAGAUGAAGCCCAAGAUCCUUAAUAAAGGUCCUCCUAGUGAAAGAAGCAGCAUGAAGUCUGGCAAAUCAGCCACUAAAAGCAACAAAUCAGUUAUUUCAAGGCCUAAGCUAAAGAACAUAGACCGAAGCUCGGCUCAGCAGUUGGCUAUAACGGUGGGCAAUGUUACAGUCAUCAUCACAGACUUUAAGGAGAAGACGCGCUCCUCCUCCACCUCCUCCUCCACUGCUACUUCCAGCAGUGGCAGUUCCGAACAGCAACACCUGAGCUCCAGCUCGGAGAGUACGGACAGGGGGUCUUCCCGUGCCUCCACGCCACGCAGAGACCUUACAACUGGACACAAUGAGCUCCUUUGAGGUCGCUGGAAGUCAAGAAUCCUCACUUGCAUUGAUAAUGCACAGAUGGACCCUUUACACUUAAAAGGAUGAAGAAUCAUUAUCAUGCAUGGGCACUGUUUCCAUCUUGAUAUUUUCUGGCAAGGUGUGCCAUGUGUUUCAAUGCUGUUUUUAACCCAACCACCUCAACUCCCCACACAACUCACAAGUGUGCAUCACCUGCGUCUCAUGAGUGACCACUUGGAGCACAAGAGGAACGAGUAGCACAUCCUGGGUAAAGCUACACUAUAUGGCCAAAAGUUUGUGGACAUGUGACCAUCACACCAAUAUGUGGUUCUUCCCCAAACUGUUGCCGCAUAGUUGGAAGCACAGAAUUCCAUAGGAUGUCUUUGUAAGCUGAAACAUUACAGUUUCCCUUCACUGGUACUAAGAGACCCAAACCUGUUCCUGCAUGACAGUAACCCCUGUGCACAAGACAAGAGCCAUGGUUUGCCAAGGCUAGAGUGGAAGAACUCAAGUGGCCAGCACAGAGACCUGACCUUAACCCCAUUGAACACCUUUGGGGUGAAUUAGCACGCCGGGCCUCCUCGCCCAACAUCAGUGCCUGACCUUAGUAAUGCUCUCGUGGCUGAAUGAGCAAAUCCUCACAGCCAUCCUCCAAAUUCUAGUGGAAAGCCUUUCGAGAAGAGGGUGGAGAUUAUUUUGACCACAAAGGAGGACUAAAUAUGGAAUGUUCUGUUCAACAAGCACAUAUGAUUGUGAUGGUCAGGUGCCCACAUAUUUUUGGUCAUAAAGUGUAUUUCCAUUGAACUUUGUACAGUCAUAUAGUCAUACAUGCUAGUAUGUUAGCCAAAGCUGUGCUAAAUAAUAAUUAUUAUUAUUAUUAUUAUUAUAUGCUGUUUUGAAAAGGAAGUUGUAUUGGAUGUCAAAGUCUGCAGUAAAGUUGACUGGAUUCCUUCAAAGGCCUUCAAGGAGUCAAAGAACCUUUUUUUUAAUAUUCAACUUGGUCAUCAAUGCACUGGAGCAUCCCUCGAGAUGGUGACAGUGAAUUUAGUUUAAAAACAGUAUUGAAAUGCAUGGAUGGUUUUCGCAUUCUUUUCCAGAGAGAACUGUAGAGUCAGCAUUUUUAAGUGGUAGAAAUUGAACCCCCUCUGUAUGUUUUGAGCCUUAGAUCUCCAGUUUACAUGAUUGUUCGAAAAAUGACCUGUACGAUUCUCCAACACCGACUGUCCCCACACCGCAUUCUGACACCGUAUACGUCAGAUGAAGGUGUCACCAUUGUGAGCAAAAACGUGUAGAACCUUCCAGAGAGAAACGUGUACUUUUCGUUAAGUUUAAUGAUUGUAUUUAUAAACUGUGAUAACAAAUAAUCUAGUAGAUGGCUGAACUGGAACUGCAAACAUCAACGUACUACAAGACUGUUGUUCUAGGUGCUAACAUACAUUUAUUAAAGGUGACGGAAAUCACCUAGGAAUCAUCUGAAACCUGAUUAUCAACAUUUGAAGAAUAAUGUUCGAUGAAAUCUAUUCGGUAAAGGCCAUUUUUAUAUUGAUAGAUGUUAAGUAUUGUCAGUCUAUCAUUGAUCAAAACCCAUGUGAUCUGUUUAAGGAACCGUUCUUGUAAAUGAUCUUGCUAAAUGAUGUUACCAAGCUUUUAACUUGCCACAAGGACACGUUCUUUUAUCAAUAAGUGGCUGUGAGCUAAGUAAGCUGCAAAACUUCAUCCGAUUCAUUACUGCCUCAAAGCAUUAUGAAACUGUUGAUGUGAUCUUUAUAGAUGAAAUGUCUUUAAUUAGUGUAUUUAUUUUGUGCAAGCAAUUCUGUUCUUGUGUAUGAUCGGUAACCUUAAUUUACUAUGUAAAGAUGGUUACAUAUAAGGAAUACUUGUCAUAAUAUAGAUUAACACUAUGUUUAUCUGUGGUGUAUUGAGUAAUCUGGCACAGUUUCUUAGUUAAUUUUGGCAUCAUAUUCCAAUUGUUGUGUGUUAAAACGGAAGUUAUUGCAUACACUGUUUCUCUCAGUGCUGCUUGUUUUGUUUUGUUUUUUAUUUGCUCAGUCUGAAGUAUUGGCGAAUUCUGCUUGUAGCAUAGCUUUCAUUUCAAAUAAAGUAACUGCAUUUGUU